UUGAUGUACGCUUGUGUGACGUUAUCAAGUUCAUUUUACAGAUUUGCGAAGGACUGGUGUUAACAAACGUCAGACGUGUUAAUUACUUUAACCACAGUAUCUAAUAACUUGGGUCAUUAGACAAAAUGGUUUCGUGUAGCUUUGUUCACACCUGUAUUUGUAUAGUGACUGUGCAGGUGUGGUUGUUGUUAUUGAUUUCCGGGGUUGGAGAAAGCGGCACCCCGCCACAAAUAAAGCAAGCACCCUGCCCAUGCCACGACCACAACCAGUGCCGCCGACUCCCAGCAUCAAGCACAAAAGACAAAGAGGCAAUAGUUUUUACCAAUGCGUCAUCGGAUUUCACGAAAUGGGAUUGGAAAAGUGUGACAACUGUGAUUGCAACAGCUGACAGUGACAAUCAAACAGUCCAACAGCUCAUGUGCUAUGCACAUCAUGAGAAGACAAAGUUUGGAUUUCAAGUGGAUCCACUGCCUCAUCUUGAUGACUUCAACACAACGUCUAACGACACUCAGAACUGGAUGCGAAAGAUAGCUCAGACCCGUCUGGACCUGCGGGCCGAUAUGGUGGUGGUCGACCUGGUCGACAUAUUUCAUUCUGAGGAUGUUGAUCUGAAGGCCCUCAUUAAACUCCUGCAUCAUGUAAAAGAUUCCAUUUCUCCGACGUCAUCCAUUGAAAAAACACCUGUCACUUUAACUUGUGUCGUGCCAUGGAAACCUCCAUGUGUGCAAAAUGACUGCAGCUUUUCACAGCUUGCUAAAAAAACGUGUGACCUGUUUUUACUCUCGCCCGGAAGUUACCUGUAUUUGAAGGGGUACGGUUGUAAAGCUCGUGCAACAAUACCUGCUACAAAGAUGGCACUAGGUGUCGAUGAGUAUGCUGUGCGAGGAGUCCACGAAGAUAAGAUCAUCCUUGGGGUGCCAUGGCAUGGAUACGAGUACAGCUGUGCAAAGCAUAGCCCAGAUUCAGAGAUUUGCUUGUUGAACGAAGUAAAGAUAAACAACAACACCAAUGACACCAAAUGUGAGGUUGACAAGAGGGUUAAAAUAUCACUGGGAGAUAUGAUCACAAAACACUUCCAUUAUUUCAAGAAGAGUAAGACAGAUUUGGCGUACAAGGCACCGUAUUAUACCUACCAUGAUAAUGCCAGUACAGCAUACAAACAAGUCUGGUUUGAAAACGCCCAAAGUCUCCGACACAAGUACCAGUACGCUCAUGACUUCGGGCUCAAAGGUGUGGGUAUCUACACUGCCGAGGAUUUAUCGCAGACCCUCUCAUCUAGGGUGGAAGGCUUCAAUGGAGGCAUGUGGAACUGGAUAUUACACGGCAUUAUUCAGCAGCAAGUAACUCAGCCACCUCCCACCAAGUACCAUUCAGACACUGUUGCUGGUAUUGCCAUUGGCUGCAUGAUUCUUGGCAUUGUUCUUGGGAUUGUCUUCAUGGUUAUCUUGUUCCGAGUUCGUGCCAAGAAGAAGAUUGACAGACCAUUCCGGAAAGACGCCAUGGAUGAGUACCAUGAUGAUGAAGAUCUGAAUUUGUGA